AGCAAAAUGUCUGGUAUAAGACUAUAGUCUAGUAUUGCUGCUCAAUGAAAUCCAGUCGUGUCACUCAAGUAUGCGCCGGGCAUUGCCAACACUGGGCUGCGAGAUGAUGCAAGGCGCAAACGUGAGUGACGCGACUAGAUUUCACCAUUGAGGAGCACUGUGGUUAAAGUCCUGUGAUGCCAAGCAACGAGCCUCAGUCUUGUCUGUAACACUGUGAUGCCAAGCAGCGAGCCUCAGUCUUGUCUACGAAUGUCCCGACAUGUGCUGGUUUUAAUGUACAUGUUCUUGUCUGUAACACUGUGAUGACAAACGGCUAGUCUCAGGCCUGGCUGUUUCCGUGUGCUGGUUUCGACUGUCUUGUCGGCAAUACCACCGUUUUACUUACGUCGUCUCGUGGCCGUGACGCACCAGUUGUUGUCAUGGAUACUGUGGGUUCACGUCACCGUGGUCAAAGCAGCACCACGCCACAGCGUCUGAUUCGCGGCAGUCAUGUGAUCGUUGACCCGGCAACCAUCUUGACUGACGAAGAAAUGCGCCGCGAGGAUAAGUACAGCGAGGAGACCAUGCUGGACUUAGUGACCAAUCGCGUGGCCAUGCUGGAAUUUCUAGCACGACGACGUCUUAUCGCAAACACCCUCGAGUGUCGUCGGUGUAUUGAGCGUGGUGAUGGCACGCGCAGGAUGAAAUUGCAACAUCGCCUAGCGGCACAAAGCGGCGCUCGUUGGCUGUGCACGAACUGUAGGGCGGUUCGAGCCGUCGGGACAACGUCCGCGUUCCAUAGCGGCGGGCUAUCAAUGGACAACGCCGCCGCCGCCGAGGAGGGUGGCUUUGAGGUGGUUGUUAGCGUCUUCUCCUGCGUCUUCUUCUUUGGGUCGAUGGGCACAAUGCUCCGACUGCGGCAGGCCGCUUGCAUAACCGACGCUCAAGUUCAGCGCUGCCUUGACUGGCUAAGCGAAUCGAGCAUUCGCGUCAUGAAGGAGAUUAUUGGUUUCAAUCUAGGAGCGUUUGGAAAGCCCGAUGAUGCAAGGACUGUGGCAAUAGAUGUCGUUCGCAUUCGUUCUGAGCCCGUCUUUGUUCUGGUGGAGACCGGCACAGGCCGAUGCAUAGCCGUUACGUUGCAAUCGUACGGGCAGCGGCGUUUUGACAGGCUGCUGGAACAUUGGUGUUCUCCACACGCGGUGGUCACGUUUCGUAGCUCUGUGUUCCAUCCGCACCUCUUGUUCGCCUCGGACAUGGCCUGCAUCGAUGUGGAGAGUGCGGAGGUUCGAUGCAGCACCUACCUUUACGAGGACCAUGACCGUGUUGUAGGGAAGGUACAUAAGCAAGCGGUCCUACACGAGUGGUUUGUACUCCGAUGCGGACUUGACGCUAGCGUUAGCUUGGAAGCAUGCCUGGCUAUGUUCACCGUGCGCAUGAACUGGCCAAUACUGUGUGGUGCUAAGACGUGGAGUGCACAUCUUGUAAUGCUACGUACCUUGUUAUGCAGAACACUGUAGAUAAUAAUUUGUACGCUCCAAAUGUUAUCCCUGGCCUAAGUGCCCGCACACAGCAUUACACAGGCUCUAUAUUGUUAUUCUAUUAGAGAAGGAACUGAAGUACAAGGAAAGAGAGCUCGCAUUCUCGGACGUCUAGUCCAGCACAGCAAGCAUGCAAAACAGCCCCGAGCCAGGCACGCAUGCAAAACAGCCCCGAGCCAGGGACGUCUAGUCCAGCACAGCACGCAUGCAAAACAGCCCCGAGCCAGGCACGCAUGCGCCUUAUUGCAUCUAUGUAUACAGCAGCAACGCAGCAUUUCACGGGGACUUCUAGAAGGCCAAACCGUCCACACUCGUCAGUACUCAUUACUCGGUCAUUAGUCUUGUCUUGUCUCCCCUGCAAGAUGCGUUGUCGGCGUGGCCAUUGCUCCAAGACCAGUGGCAGUGGUCGUAUGAGCCGCACAGACUGCAUCCACAACCUGUCCCCACUGUCCCCACUGUUGCCAUUUUACUCUACUGAGUUUAGUUAGCCCUCAAGUGAUGUUCUGAUGAUACGCUUUUGACCAGGGAGUCGUAAAAUACCGACUUUACGACUCCCUGCUUUUGACUUCCCUCCGCGUCUAGCCUAGGACAGCACACAUACAUGUGGGUAAUUGGAAAGGCUUCCUGUCUGAAGCCUUUCCAUACUGGUACUCGAUGUUCCAGUUUUGUGACACGAGAAUGGCACGAGAAUUAGUGUACCGCUGAGUGUACCGCUAUACACGUGGUCGACACGUAGUCGACACUUUGUUGAUACUUUUUUGACACGUGACCCCGUCAACGGUCUGCUUUGUGCCAAUGCCACUCGGUAAACGCCGAUGUCGCGUACGACAAAGACGACUAUCCCGUACGCGAAAUAGUUGAGAACUGCAUGACGUGGACCUGACGGCAAGGACAACUGCGAGGAGGCCCCUUUCAGUACCCCUGACGGGAAGGAGAACUGCAGAAGUCGAACGAGGAGGCCCCUUUUCCGUACCCCAUACUGCAAAGUGCCAUUGAUGGAUACCUUUUGCACCUGGAACGACCCCUUAAACGCUGUCGCGGCGACUAUCCCGUACGCGAAAUAGUUGAGAACUGCUGACGUGGACCUUUUGCACCUGGAAUGGCCCCGUAAACGCUGUCGUGUCGGCGGAGUGAAUGUGCAGGGUACUAGGGUGAAAAGAAUUGCUGCAAAGACGUCCCCUCGAGCUCCUCUACUAGGCUCUAGGCCUUUGCCUUUGGAGACAUCGUCGGCGAACUGAAUGCGCAGGGCGAAAAGAAUUGCUGCAAAGACGUCCGCUCUAGGCCUUUGGAGACAUCGUGGGAACUCCUUCCGGUACUAUACAAACUGCUGACGUGGCCGUGGCCGUGGACAUGUACAUGGAGAGUCAUGGUGGGACUUCAUGUACAUGGAUACAUGGUGGGAAUUCCUUCCGGCACCCUCGUACCGCAAAGCCAACGGUGGGGAAGGAGAAGUGCAGACGUGCAGGAAGACGAACGAGGAGGAACCAGGACGAGCGAGCAAUGGCAGGACUAGCUGGACCGUAAGUAAUAGCUGAAUUGUGCAUGACAACUUGACAUCCAUGCGGCACUCGCCACUUGCCACUGCAUAUUUCUUGUCCACUAACAAUGUCUCUCCUCUGCCCCCUGUGUGUCCACGGCCCUGUUUCUGAAUUGGCCCGAUGAAUCAAAUGUCUUCCGCAACUGGAACGGCCCCGUGAACGCUGUCGCGUCGGCGACUGAAUGCGCAGGAGGGAAAAUAUUGCUGCGAAGACGUCUCCUCUAGACGACGGUAUAUCAUCCCGUGACGACCACAUUGAAGUCUGAAUUUGAAGUGUGAAGAUGCUUCAGCAACCACAUCGUACUUUUCCAUUGCUUUCAUUGUGCUUCUACUGUGCAUGUGUGUAACUUGUGGGGUAAACAUGUGAUGACAUUGUAUGCUGGCGACACGGUCAGAUGUUCAUGCGUCUAACGUACACCUGCAUGUUAUGCAUUGAAAAGGGUUUGCCACUUGCGAUCCUGGGACGAGUAUCAGGUCCGCUUUGUCCUGUGUGGGCUGUAUCAGAUUGCUGUUCACUUCUCUAUCUGUUGGAUAUGUCACUUUCUGCAAGUUUCUGGUGUAUGAUGGCCACGCCCUUGCUUGUCACUUUGUAUGAUAUUACAUUCUGUAUUCGCUGCUUCCAUGGCAUGGUCUGCAAACUGCAAUCCUUGGGCAAAUGUCAUGUUUGCUAUGUUGUGCUUUGGCCGUCAGCUUGUCUACACGCUGUAGUUGAAUUAUUUUUGUUUCACAACUGACUUCCUCAAGUACGGUGGCCACUGCUUUGCAUGGCAUUAUACAUGAAGAAUUUCCUGUUUGUGUCGUGUGCAUGUGCGUAUGUGUGCGUGGCCACGUGUGUGUACCAU